CCGCCGCCGUCCCGUCUCCCUCCCGUCCUCCGCCACCGCCACCUGCAUUCCAACAAGACGCACCCUCUCCACCGCCCCCUCUAUAAAUAAACGCUCACUCACGCACACGCCAACCACCGCCGCCGCCGCUCCAGCCCCCAGAUCUCGAGCCGCAUCCGCAAUGGCCGCCGCCUCGUCGCUCCACGUCGCCGCCCCGGCCGCCACCCCGCGGGUGGGAUCCGUCGCCCACAAAUCCGCCUCCUCAGCGGCGAGGAGCGUGCGCGUGGCCAGAUCGGGCGCGGUGGCGCGGUCCGGGGGCAGGCUCGUGGCCUGCGCCGCCGUCGCGACCAAGGCCGAUGCUCCCGCGACCGACGCCGCGUCCAAGUCUGAAGGUCAUGAGGUGUUGCUGUUCGAGGCUCUUCGUGAGGGUUUGAUGGAAGAGAUGGAGGCAGAUCCAACAGUGUGUGUCUUUGGUGAAGAUGUAGGCCACUAUGGGGGUUCUUACAAGGUGACCAAGGGUUUGGCUGAUAAGUACGGAGACCUUCGAGUCCUUGACACACCUAUUGCUGAGAACUCAUUCACCGGCAUGGGAGUUGGAGCAGGAAUGAAGGGGCUGAGGCCUGUUGUUGAAGGCAUGAACAUGGGCUUCCUUCUCCUUGCUUACAACCAAAUCUCAAACAACUGUGGCAUGCUUCAUUACACCUCUGGUGGUCAGUUCAAAAUUCCACUUGUGAUCAGAGGUCCCGGUGGUGUUGGUCGUCAGCUUGGAGCAGAGCAUUCACAGCGUCUGGAGUCAUACUUCCAGUCGAUUCCUGGCCUCCAGAUGGUUGCUUGCUCUACUCCUUACAAUGCUAAGGGUUUAAUGAAAGCUGCCAUAAGAAGCGAGAACCCUGUUGUGCUAUUUGAGCAUGUCCUUCUGUACAACCUGAAGGAGAAGAUUCCUGAUGAGGAGUAUGUGUGUUGCCUGGAGGAGGCUGAGAUGGUACGACCUGGUGAGCAUGUGACUAUUCUCACAUACUCGCGCAUGAGGUACCAUGUGAUGCAAGCUGCAAAGACCCUGGUGAACAAAGGGUACGAUCCUGAGGUGAUUGACAUUAGGUCGUUGAAGCCAUUUGAUCUGCACACCAUAGGUAACUCCAUUAAGAAGACUCACCGCGUGCUGAUUGUGGAGGAGUGCAUGCGCACUGGUGGGAUCGGUGCCAGUCUGAGAUCCGCCAUCAUCGACAACUUCUGGGACUACCUUGACGCCCCUAUCAUGUGCCUGUCAUCACAGGAUGUGCCGACACCAUAUGCGGCAACUUUGGAGGAUGCGACCGUUGUGCAGCCUGCGCAAAUCGUUGCUGCUGUUGAGCAAAUAUGCCAAUAGGGUGUCUGUUUCAGUAUUGUUGAUUUAUCUGUCCUGGCUUGGAACAACUUUUCAUUCGUCAUUUUUGCCAUGGAUAUGUUAAUUGUGGUAUAGGCCUGUAUCCAUUUUUUAUUCGUGUUUGAGCUUGUACUUCAGCUACAUAACUGUACUGUAUUGUGCUGAAUGCUAGGGGUCUGAACUUGGUGUAUUUGAAGAAUUCGUUGAACAUCCUGGGCAAGUUGUGUGUUUGACAAUAUUAGUUUUGCCUUUCAAGAA